CCGCCAUACGGUUUCAAGAGCAAGGGUAACGGAAAAAGCGUCUCGUUUUUGGUACACUCAACAAAUAGUUUCUAUUGCUGAGCUUGCGAGAUGUAAUCGGCUUAGGAGGAAGUUGUUGUUGAAGUUACGAUAAAAAUCACUUUUAUCACGUUAAGCAUUAUCUUAUCACACUCCCAACGUGAGCAGUGCCGCGUCUGUGCAUACGUGUAUGUGUGUGUGGUAGUGUGUUGCCAUCCCAGAGACACAAACAAAAGAAAGAUCUGCCAAAGCGAUGCAAAUCCCGAAAUAGAUAGUAAAACGUCCAUAUGGAACAACGGUUCGGGCAAUCGGUGAAGCAACCAGUCGUGUCGCAGGCCGUGCCGUGCAGUCAUUACUCCAUCGAUUAACUUCGGGCGGAAUUAAUUUGCAUAGUUUAGUUAAAAUUAUCCAUCGAUAGGCUUCCAGUCGGUACAGGGAGUUGCUCUAGCCUGUUUCGCGAUUCGGUAGCAAUGGCAGGCGAAUUUAUUGGUGUAGAAUUACGGUCAUUGACUGCUGCGUUGCUGCUGGCAACGUUAAUGGUGCUGGGCGUCAGCGGAACGCCGAACGGGACGGUCAGCAAGGAUGAUGGUGAAGGGAAGCUCAUUUUUGCCCAUGUUCUGUUCCGCCAUGGCGAUCGUACUCCGAUCGAUCCGUAUCCGAACGAUCCUUGGAAGGAUCCCAGCCACUGGACCGCCGAUUGGGGACAGUUAGUGAACGCUGGUAAAAUGCGCCAUUUGCUGUUAGGAAAAUGGCUACGCCAGCGGUACUCAAGCUUGCUGCAGGAUACGUACAGCAACAACGAGAUCUACGUACGCUCCACCGACGUCGACCGCACGCUGAUGAGCGCGGAAGCGAAUCUCGCCGGGCUGUAUCCACCGACGGGACGGGACGUGUGGGACUCGGCCAUCACCUGGCAACCGAUCCCGGUGCACACCGUCACGGAGGAGCUGGACAGUGUACUGGCGGCGAAGAAGCGCUGUCCCGCGUUUGACCACGCGCUGAAGGUGUACCGCCAAUCGGAACCGUACCAUUCGUACAACGCCUCGUUCGAGCCGGUGUACCGUUACGUGACGGAGAAGACGGGCCGCCGGUACGAUUCGCUCUCCUCCCUGCAGAACCUGUACAGUGCGCUGCUGAUCGAGGAGCUGAACAACUUCACGCUGCCAGACUGGACCAAAACGGUCUAUCCCGAACCGCUGCGUUCCGUCUCCGCCAUGACGUUUGCGGUGAAAACGAACACCACCCAGCUGGCCCGCCUGAAGAUGGGCCCACUGGUGAAGGAAAUGUUGAACCGGUUCCGCUCGAAGGCAAAGGGCACGCUCAAGCCGAACCGUUCCGUGUGGAUGUACAGUGCGCACGACGUCACGGUCGCUAGCCUGCUGAAUGCGCUGCGUGUGUUUGAGCUGCACAAUCCACCGUUUGCGGCGUGCGUGCUGCUCGAGCUGCGGCAACCCGCCAAUGGUGGUCAGGCGUACGUGGAGCUGUUCUACAAAAAUACCACGGGCGAACCGUACCGGCUGGUCGUGCCUGGAUGUGACGCACGGUGUCCGCUGGAUAGGAUGUUCGAAAUCUACGACAACAUUCUGCCGCAGGACUGGGAAGCCGAGUGCCAGCUGUCCCUGCUGUCGAUGAGCUACGUCGAGGCGGACCUCAACUCGGCCAGCAGCUUGAUCGGGGUCGUGCUGCUGACGGUCGUUUCGCUGCUCGUCCUGCUGACCGUGGUAGCCAUCGCGAAGCGUCGCAACAGUCUGAACAGCGAACGGUGGUACCUGCGGAUCGAUGGAUGAGAGGACGGAGUUGCAUUUACGACGACACCCCAUUUUAUAAUGUAAUGUAGCGUUGUUUCAUAAGGCUGAUGUGGCGGCUGUUGGUGGUACUGUCUGUUUGUUCUUUGUGGGAGCCUUCCUCCGUAUGUUCUCCUUUGUGUUAUCGAAAUGCACUGGUUUAGAGAGAUGAGAUUUUUGUAAGUGAUAAAUAUACAUUAUAGCUACAGACGGAAACGGAAAACGAUUCUGUUAACAAAAAGAAA